AUGGAUGACUGGAGGAACUUUUUCUUCCUGGCUUGCAACUUCUUAUGGAAUUGGAGAAAUUCUGAAAUUCAUGAUGUGGAUUUCUCCAGGCCAGCGAAUCCAAAAAUCUGCAUUGUUUCCUUGAUGAACCAGAUCAUUUUGAGCAAAACUCAUGCUUCUUCUUGGACCCGUCCGGAACCUGGUAUUGUUAAACUUAAAGUAGAUGGAGCCGUUAUGAACGAAAAGGCUACUUGUGGUGGUCUUCUUAGAGACUUCAAUGGAUCCUGGCUUGGUGGUAGAAGGAAGAGUGAAGUAGAAAGUGACUCCUUUUUAGUGGUUAAUUCUCUUACCUAUACUGGUAAUGAUACUCAAAAGUUUCCAUUGGUAAAUAAGAUUCGAGUUUUAUUUGAUAGAGAUUGGAGUGUUUGUAUAUCUCAUGUGCCUAGAGCUUGUAAUAAUUGUGCGGAUUGGCUAGCCAAAGAAGCAUUCAACAACAACUAUGGCCUAUCUUCUUUUUCAUCUCCUCAGCCAGAUCUGAAGAACCUUCUCCCCGCUGACUGUCUUGAUCCUGGAGAUAUAACUUCUGUUAUAUUUACUUAA